AUGCAGUCAGAGCAGCCAAACACACCAGAUAGAGCAGAAGGCUGGUACGGAGUUGGCACCACGAAAAGCUCUUCCUUUCUAGAGGCCGUGAUCCCGGGAUUCUCCAUCAUGUCCAAAUCCUCCCCCCUGCCCCCUUCCGGAAGCUUCCAGUCGAAGCUAUACAGAAGCCAGGCAACAGGCAGCUCCACACUAGCUAAACCGAACGUCAUCCCAGGGCACAUCCUUCUUCCACUCCCGAAAGGCAGAUACUCAAAAUCCCCACCCACGAAAUCCGGUCCCCCUUCCUCAAACCUCUCCGGAACAAAACUCUCCGGAUCUUUCCAGAAUUCCGGAUCCCUCUGCAUGGCCCAUGUAUUGACCAUAACUCUGACUUUAGCCGGGAUCGUGUACCCGCCGACCACACGUUCCUCCCUGGACGCCCUCGGGAGGAUCGGUACCGGUGGGUGUAGCCUCAUGGACUCCUUGAUUACGAGCUUUAGCUCCCCACUCUCCAUAACCCUCAACAACACAUCAACCAAGUCCUCAUUUCCAAACUCCCCAUUUCCCUUCCUCAUCUCCCCCACAUCACUCUUCAGAUUCUCCUCGUGCUCCCGAAUGAUCUCGUCAAGAAUCGUGUCGAUCCUGCGCCUCAUUUCCACCAGCCUCCUCCUGCUCCAGCUCAGCGCCCUGACGACUCUCGAAUCCGGGUACAGGUCAGCGACGACUAACCCGUCCGCCAGCUUAAGCCCGGACCUCAGGAGCCCGACAAGCCCGUCCUUGUCCUUGCACACCUUCCCGAACGCGGCCCGACAAGUGAUGGAGCUUAUCAGGGAGAACACUUUUUCCGUGAGGUUAACGGGCUUUCCGGCCGAGGCCCGAAUGGAGUGGAGUACGCGGGCCAUCUCUUCGGCCCGAAUUGAGGCGAAGGAGCGCACGUUCUUGGCGCUGAGGAGCUCGAGGAUGCAAAUCUUGCGCAUCUGGCGCCAGUAG